GGGAGAAGGGAGGGAGGAGGCUUGUCAGUAUUUGCUGAGACCGCCCACCGCCGUCCGCAAUAAAGAUCAGCGAGAAGCGGCAGCCGGUCUCCCCGGCAGCAGCUCAGUGAUCUGUCCCCAGCUCCAGCUCCAGCCCCAGCCCCAGCCCCAGCCAUGGGCAAAGAGAAGAUUCACAUCAACAUUGUGGUCAUCGGGCAUGUCGAUUCCGGCAAAUCCACCACCACCGGACACCUCAUCUACAAAUGUGGCGGCAUCGACAAGAGAACCAUCGAAAAAUUCGAGAAGGAGGCGGCAGAGAUGGGUAAAGGUUCCUUCAAAUACGCCUGGGUCCUGGACAAGCUGAAAGCUGAACGUGAGCGAGGUAUCACUAUUGACAUCUCUCUGUGGAAGUUUGAGACACCAAAGUAUUACAUCACCAUCAUUGAUGCUCCUGGCCACAGGGACUUCAUUAAGAACAUGAUCACUGGAACCUCUCAGGCUGACUGCGCUGUGCUGAUAGUGGCUGCUGGUGUUGGUGAAUUUGAAGCUGGCAUCUCCAAGAACGGCCAGACCCGUGAGCACGCGCUCCUGGCCUACACUCUCGGGGUGAAGCAGCUCAUCGUGGGGGUCAACAAAAUGGACUCCACCGAGCCUCCGUACAGUGAGAAGCGCUACGAUGAAAUUGUGAAGGAAGUUAGCGCCUACAUUAAAAAGAUUGGCUACAACCCAAUCACUGUCCCCUUUGUGCCAGUGUCCGGUUGGCAUGGUGAUAACAUGUUGGAGGCCUCACCCAAUAUGCCAUGGUUCAAAGGUUGGAAGGUCGAACGCAAGGAGGGCAAUGCCAAUGGGGUGACCCUACUCGAAGCCCUGGACACGAUUCUGCCCCCAACCCGCCCCAUCACCAAACCCCUGCGCCUGCCCCUUCAGGACGUUUACAAGAUUGGAGGUAUUGGUACAGUCCCUGUUGGGCGUGUGGAGACUGGGGUGCUGAAACCGGGCAUGGUGGUGACCUUUGCCCCCGUCAACAUCACGACAGAGGUGAAGUCGGUGGAGAUGCACCAUGAAGCCUUGUCUGAGGCUCUGCCCGGGGACAACGUGGGCUUCAACGUGAAGAACGUGUCCGUCAAGGAUGUUCGCCGUGGCAACGUGUGUGGAGACAGCAAGAAUGACCCACCCACAGAAGCCUGCAACUUCACUGCCCAGGUCAUUAUCCUGAACCACCCUGGGCAGAUCAGUGCUGGCUACUCCCCGGUCAUUGACUGCCACACCGCACACAUUGCCUGCAAGUUUGCUGAGCUCAAGGAAAAGAUUGACCGCCGUUCUGGCAAGAAAUUGGAGGACAAUCCCAAAACCCUGAAGUCUGGUGAUGCUGCAAUUGUGGAGAUGUCUCCCGGGAAGCCCAUGUGCGUGGAGAGCUUUUCCAAGUACCCUCCUCUGGGGCGUUUCGCUGUGCGUGACAUGAGGCAGACGGUUGCCGUGGGUGUCAUCAAGAACGUUGAGAAAAAAGCGGUCACUGCUGGCAAGAUCACAAAGUCUGCACAGAAGGCUCAGAAAGCUCAGGGCAAAUGAAUCGGAGCGUCCUGGAACACCGAGCCCGUGGCCUGCCAACUCCAGCACCAAUCCAAAGGCCACCUCUGUACAUCUGCUUGUCAAAGCUCAUUGGUCAUCGACUGGAUGUUAACUAUUAAAGUCCAAUGGAAGUUUUUUAAGAGGAAAAGCAUGUCUCGGCAUUUGUGAGGUACCCGAUUAGUUUUAUCAAUAAACAGAUGCGACCACACUAA